CUCAUUCUCUCGACAGCCACUGUCAGCCCAAGUCAGACUUUGAAGAACGUGGACGGACUAGGUUUUUUUCAGUUUUCUUCGUCGUCCCUUUUAAUGAGAACUUUAAUUAACCUCACAAUUAAGGUAUAUGGGCAGGUUCAGUUAGCAAAGGGUUUCCCCGGGUUAGGAAAGGAACGCUAUUUUACUUUUUGAUCAACUCCUUCGGUCUGAUUUUAGUAGUAGAAUUUUUUAGCAUUUUUAACAUAAUUAGCUGACGAUUAGCAACUUGACGUUGUGAGGACACUCUAUCUGUGAGUGUCUUACCGGUCGCAGGGGUAGUUAUCUUUAGGGGUGAAAGUACAAGUGGGGAGAGAGACGAUUCAAGGGUCAUAGGUCAUCGAUCGGGGGAGAGAUGGAGUGGCUAAAAGAGACGACCUCUUCGCCACAAAAGCCAGGGUCAGUUGGCGCCCAAGAUAUCGCUCAACAAUUGCAAAAUUUACUUCAAAUCCCGGCUAUUGAAAAGAACAUUGGUCGCUCUCCAGAUGUCGGAGUGGGAAGUCCGCAACAACGACCUUUGCAGGAGGAUCCUUUCCCAGUCGUUGCUAAUAAGGAGGUCACGAUCUCGCAAUUCUGUGCCGAUGUGGCCCCUGUAAUCCUACCGCCACGUCAAGCCCCAAUCAACAACAAUGAAGAGAAGGAGAAUUCGUAUAUGGGUGGCGGAUGGGGGGCGAAAGAUGGUCGGGGUCGCAAUCGUCCCCAGUUGGCUCACAUACCAGACCAGACCCAAGCCAAACCUGCUCCACUUCGGGGAAGGGAGGAAUCCAAGAGGAAGAUGGUCAACAAGCGCUCAUUUACAGACGUGCAUCUUGCCCAAUUUCUGAAAGGUCACUCGAGCAGCAACCGAGGAGAGGGUCAAACUGAAAUUGAAUACUCUGGAUUUUUGGGAGAGAUGAAGCAGCGUAAUAGGAUUAGGAAUAAUAUUCCUACCACACUGCAAAGAGAAGAGGGCAUAAUUGCAGAGCAUGCUUACCGUCUUGACGGCGUAACAAACUUUGUGCAACAUUAUGACUUAAUUGAUGAUGGCAUGCGACGUUUGCUCAGAGUGCACUUUGUAGAGCCAAUGUCAAGGAAAAACCCGAAACACCCGAGGGCCCACUUUGUCUGCAAGCUGUGUCCCUUCCAUUUAGAGACUGUGAUUGAUGUUGUAGAUCAUUGCGGUGGCGCUGGCCAUCUCCAGUUGGCCCUGGAUCAAGCUAUGAUGUAUACGUUGGAGAAUAUUCCGAUGGCGUCUGAACAGCAUUGUGCUAGCAUUGGAGAAGUGAUUGGCCAGAUCUGUGUCAAAUUUGGUCUCACGGAGGAAGACAGGAAGCGGAGGGAGAGAAUUGUAGACCUUUUGACGGAGAUCUUUGAAAGAGAAGGCAUCGACUGCGAUGUCUCUAUGUUUGGAUCGUCCGUGACUGGGUUAGGCUUCCACGACUCCAAUCUGAAUAUCAAUGUGACAUUUGGAGGUCGGGAUGAGGUGGAGACAGGCGCAGCCCCAGGAACACCAGGCAAACUUCACCCCGUGAUGCAUCCUAGUAAUGCUACCGAUCAUUUGACCAAUGUCGGCAAAGUUGUGGACGCUCUUGCGUCCAUGCCACUACUCAGGGAUGUAACUCCCAAAUUUUUUCAAAAUAAGUCGCACAUCAGUUUUACAGUGGUGGAAUUUGGAGUUGAGGUUAAAUGUGUGGUGCAAUUUAAUAACAAGCCGGCCCUACUUCUCGCUGGAUUGUUACAUGAAUACUUAAAUGUCAAUCCGAUGGUGAAACCGAUACUGAUGGGAUUUCGGUACUGGGCACGUAUGUGUGGGCUUGACAAUCAGGACAGCGGUUUUCUACCAGCACAUGCUUACCCAAUAAUGGGGCUUCAGUACUUGCAGGAGUGUGGGAUGGUGCCCAUUCUGCAAGCCAUACCACAUAUCGACUCGUCCCGGCCAUUUGCAACUGCAAAGGAAGCUUUCAAACUCGGCUUCCCCAACCAUUCUGAUCGAGCUUACACGAGUGUGGAUCUGGGGCGCAUGUGGCUAUCUUUAUUGUACUAUUAUGCUGUGAAAUUUGACAUUGUAAAUCGUGUCGUGACCAUUUCACGGACUGAGGUUUUGUCCGCUCGAGACACCCCGUGGAAUAGACCGUUGUCCAUUGAAGAUCCAAUUGUUGGGUCGUCCAACCUCUCCCGGUCCACUCCAAACAACAAAAUAUGCGAGUACAUUAUCUCUUGUGUUAAGAAAUCAUUCCUGUAUUUCGCCGUUCCUCAGACGGAACAUGGUGCUCUGUACGACGGCAUCUUCAAUGACCGAAUUUUUGAGGAGGGGACAAAAUCCUGGUUCCGUAACAUUUACGUGAACUUGGAAAAGGUUCUUGUGGCGGAUACGUUCCUCCCAGUUCCGCUCGAUAGCUUGAAACCGACGGCUACAAUAAGAAUGCUCAGUGGACCUGACGGGGUUGGCCAUAAGCAGGAUUUGGUCAUGCACUCCUGUCUGCCCGUGGCUCACGCUGUGUUGGGAAAGGUUCAUUAUUUGUACACGUUUGACAAGAAGUUUCUACGGGCAGAGAAUUUUCCUCCCAUUGGAUGUAGGGCCUGUGGGGCAGAUGAUCAUCUAAGAAAAAAUUGCCCAUCUGAAACACUUCCACCACUGCCAGAGAUUCAGCGACCAUCCGAAAGCACCUUGAUGAUGAUGAGAAAAGUUAUUUUGACAAGUUAUGAAAAACUCGCAUUGAACCAAGAAACUUAUAGAAUUCGACAGCUGAUAAAAAACGAGGUGUAUUCAUCCCUAAUGGAAGAUUUUGAGGACGUCCAACUAACGAUGUUUGGCUCAUCUGAGAACGGCUUUGGUCUAAGAACUUCCGACUUGGACUUGUGCAUGACACAUAAAGACGUCUGCUUUUCAACUAAGGAAGACAUUUUAAAGCAUAUUGACACGACGAAUACAAUGAAUCGAAUCGUGAGCUGCUUGAAACGAUCCCCAAAUUUAGUGGACGUAUUUUCCAUCACAGCAGCGAAAGUUCCGAUUGUGAAGUAUCAACACGAACCAUCCGGUAUUGAUGGAGACAUAAGCUUCUACAAUUUAUUAGCAUUGAGGAACACCCUCCUGCUAAAGGCGUAUAAUCAGUUGGAUUCUCGACUCAGGAUCUUGGGAUGUCUGAUUAAAAAGCUGGGGAAGAUUUGUGAAAUUAGUGAUGCUUCUAAAGGGAGUAUCUCCUCCUACGCGUAUAUGAUCAUGUUGAUUCACUAUUUACAACAUACCGACAUCCCUGUGUUGCCAGUAUUGCAAGAGAUACCUCCAUUAGGACACCCGAUCAACGAACCACUUCCUACUUUUAUCGUCGAAAAUUGUGAAAGCUAUUUUUUCGCUGAUCUUCCCAACAUUCGCUACGUCUGGAAGCAUUAUAGCAAAAACAACGAUUCCGUAGAAGAUUUAUGGCUUGGAUUUCUCCGCUACUACACGGAAAUCUUUGACUUUGAAAACCAUGUGGUUACUAUUGCGCGUUUCGCUCCCCUGACGCGUCGUGAAAAGGGCUGGUACACGGAUUGCAUCGCAGUUGAAGACCCCUUCAUAAAGUCACACAACAUGGGAAAUGGACUGACUCGUCGCAUGAGUAUUCACAUACUGAAGACCUUGCGCAGGUUUAGAAAGGUGUUCAAUGCCGAAUUGGAAGUUGACGAUCUCUCGGGUGCUAGAAUGCAUUACUUCAGUAAGAAGGGGUUACGUGAAGGUGAUCUGCCGAUAGACCGUCAGUGUCGGCGGUGCCACCGGAUCGGUCAUAUUGCCCGAUAUUGUACCGAGUUCGUUCGAAAGGGCACCAGUGAUACAGAAUCGAAUGACGGGGGUGAUGAUGAAGAAAUUUUUGCGGACGAAGGUGCUACAGGUGUUGUGAAAGAACUAACACCACCACGUCAGGAGGAUGUCAACUUUGCUUCACCAUCGCGACUGCAAAAUUUUAUGGACUCGCACAUUGGCAAUAUAGGGAAUAAUAUUGUCCGCAAAUUUGAGGGUAAUCCUAUCGCCAAGCCAGGCCGAGAUGCAAAUGAUGGAGCACCACAGAAUAUUGGAAGUGUGGACCCUAGCUGUAUUCUGGAUGACACGAGCUACAUCUGGAACAUGUCAACUCCACGUGACAAUGUGGAUGUCCAUCUUCUAAAAAUGAUCCAAGGAUCUGCCGGUGUCUCCUUCUCUCCCUCAUUGAAGGAUAAAGCGGUGGCGAUGGGGGCCAAGACUCCUGUCCCCUUCGACAACAAUGGAUCCGCUCCUGUUCCUCUUCCUCCUAACUUUCGACCCAUUAAUAAUGGACAUCCAAUGAUUAUGAACGGUCAUCCUUAUCCGUAUUUACCAAACGUGAUGUAUCAACAACAACACCAACAGCACGCUCAACAAAUGAAUCUCGGCAUGAUUCCCCCACCUCCGCCCGGUUUCGCGCCAAGGGUUCAAGUCCCCAUGAAAUUUGGUGUGAUUGGAAAUAACGAAAUUGGGAAUCCGUUGCAACAUCCACACUUCCAGUUUGCAGGAUAUUUUCCUCCAAAUAUGCAGAUGUGUCCUCCUCCACCACCACAACAACAAAUGAACUUGAAUUUUGGUCAAGGAUUCAAUAUGCAACAAGUCCAUGCACAACAGGGACAACAAAUGCAAAACAUGGGAGGUGAAGACUUAGGAAGUUGCCGCACUCCGCAGCAGCAGGACAUCACUGCUGACCCGGCAAUUGUUGGAGUUCAACAUUACUCAACAGCCGGAACAGGAAGUCCUCCUGGUCCACCAAUUCAGCGUCACUACUAAUUAAGUCAUUUUUUAUUGUAUUAUUAUCCUAGUAGUAUUAUUAUUACUGUUACUAUUUUAUGGUAUUCAGAUUCCAAAUACCUGAUUCGCUAGACACAUUACAUUCCUCUUAAUAUUCUGCAAUUGGGACACAUUAUUAGUCAGGUUACAAAUCAAUCAGCCAAUUGAUAUAAAAAUAUAGUACAAUACAAAGGGAAAGCACGAAUUUUAAUAUUUGUCGAGUCUUUUUUACCCAGAAACCGACUGCUCAUGGACUACGAUAUUUGACAGGGCAGUAGUGUCUGCAAUUUAAUAUUAAAAUCGUGUCGUAAAUGACGACCCGGUUGUGAUACCUUUUUAAGCCAGAUGAUUGAAAUGUAUUUUUUUUAUCUGCAUGGGGAUGAUUGACUUGUAGUUGCAGUUUUACUAUGAGGAUAUGAACUACAUAUAACCAAUAUCAAUCAGUAGUCUUUUUUUAGUCGUAAUUACUAAUUACUAUAAUUACAUAACUGUAAUUUUAUAUUAUUAAUUUAAAACCAUUUUAUAUUAUUCCAAAUAACCCUUACCUUGCGUCAAACAAUAAAGAUGUGUGAGUUGACUGAAAAA